GUCUACGCACAGCUGUCUACGUCAGUCACAGACGAGGCAGCGCACAUUGUGAAACGAAACGAAAGGAAUUGUGACGAAAGUUUAACCUGCAAAGUUUGCAGAGCAAACCUACAAUUACCUAGUACUGAGCACGGAUCUAAGUACUUUUAACGGUGUAGCCUUGAGUGUACGUACACGUAGUUACUUACUUUUUGAAUGUAGACGAAAUAAUGGCUGAUACUCAGGACUCUUUAGUUCAAAAAAUCAAAGAGCAAGGUGAUUUUGUUAGAAAACUGAAAGCAGCAAAGGAGUCUAGUGAAAAGAUGUGGUGAUGAGAAAUCAUAAAAUAGUGGAAAAACUCAUUCAAGCAUGUCAUGUAAGAUGUUGAGGUUUGGCAAAAACUAUGCAACUAUUUUGCAAAUCCACAAUGCUGUUGUCAACAAAGCAUUUUCUAAAACUAUUGCAACAUCUCCUUGCAGUAAGAUAAAACAAGAAGUUGCAAAGUUGCUAGCUCUUAAAGCACAAAUUGGGAAAGAAGAUGAGGCUCCACAAAAGUUUACUCUCAAAACCCCAAAAGGCACCAGAGAUUACAAUCCUCAGCAGAUGACUAUAAGAAACAAUGUGUUAGAGAAAAUUAUAACUGUGUUUAAAAAACAUGGGGCUGAAUGUAUUGACACACCUGUAUUUGAAUUAAAGGAUGUGUUAACUGGCAAAUAUGGUGAGGAUUCAAAAUUAAUAUAUGAUUUGAAAGACCAAGGGGGUGAAAUCCUUUCAUUAAGAUAUGAUUUGACUGUUCCUUUGGCAAGAUAUUUGGCUAUGAAUAAGAUUAGCAAUUUGAAGCGGUAUCAUAUUGCAAAAGUAUACAGGCGAGAUAAUCCAGCUAUGACAAGGGGAAGAUAUCGGGAGUUUUAUCAAUGUGAUUUCGAUAUAGCUGGCCAGUAUGAUCCCAUGGUCCCUGAUGCGGAAUGCCUCAAAGUGGUUACUGAGAUCUUGAACUCACUCAAUAUUGGGAAGUAUACAUUAAAAGUUAAUCAUAGACGGUUAUUGGACGGUAUGUUUGAGGCUUGUGGAGUACCUAACGACAAGUUCCGGUCGACAUGUUCCACUGUUGACAAAUUAGAUAAGUCCCCAUGGGAAGAAGUGAGAAACGAAAUGAUAAAUGAAAAAGGUAUCAGUCCAGAGGCAGCCGAUAGAAUCGGAGAGUACGUACAAUUGAAUGGGAGCACUGAGUUAGCGGAUAAACUGCUUAAAGACGAAAAGUUGUCCAGAAUCAAAGCUGCAAUAGAAGGCCUUGAGGGCAUAAAGAUGUUGCUGGGCUACUGUGAACUCUUUGGCAUUAAAGAUAAAAUCCUUUUCGAUUUGAGUUUGGCGAGAGGCUUAGAUUAUUACACUGGAGUGAUUUAUGAAGCAGUUUUGACAGAGCCAAUUAAAAUCGGUAACGAAGAACAAACGGUCGGCUCUAUAGCGGGCGGCGGGAGAUACGAUAACCUUGUGGGCAUGUUCGAUUCUAAACAUAAACAGGUACCUUGCGUAGGCGUCAGUAUAGGCGUGGAACGGAUAUUUUCAGUGCUUGAAGCGAAGUUAGCUGCGGGUGAGAUGCGAGUGCGAACUAGCGACGUGGACGUUUACGUCAUAUCCGCGCAGAAAAACUUCCUAGAGGAGCGCAUGAAGAUAUGCAAUGAACUCUGGAACGCUGGCAUUAAGACCGAACAAUCGUACAAAAAGAAUCCGAAAAUGCUGACACAGCUGCAGCAUUGUGAAGAAAAUGGCAUCCCCUUAGCAGUGGUACUGGGUGAAUCGGAGCUUAAACGUGGUAUGGUGAAAAUCAGAAAUGUGACGUCACGCCAAGAGGACGAAGUACCCAAGGAAAACCUCGUAGAAGAACUCAAGGCUCGAUUACAGGCGCUAAGCAAAAUUGGCAUCAAUGGCUGUUAACAUUAAACACAGAAUUGCUUCUUUUUCUCCUUCUAUUUAUUUUUAUUUCUUAAUUAGGUGAAAUUUAUUUUGAUCUGAUUCUUUAUUCAAACAACGUCCAACAACAAAACCCGGUCCCAUAGACAAUUGGCAAACUUUCUAAUUAUAAGAUGUUGUAUGUCGCAAACUUGUGUGUUAACAAUUCAUUUAUUUUGUGGGAUUAACGGGUAUGAAAAUUGUUAGUGUUUACGGUACCGGGAUAUAGCCAAAAAUAGUUCAAGUUUUAUUUACACUUAGGUUGAAAUUGGUGGCAAAAUAAAUGUUAACUGUCUCGAGAGUGAGAUAAUGAAGUCCUAAAAAAUAGUAUUAUAUAUACAGGAUAGCUUGUAAUGUAAACAAUUAAGGAGCAUUUAGGUUACAUUGGUCUACUUUUAUUAACUGGUAACACUCGCACCAAUAAAUAACCGGAUCGAAAAUUCAGACUAUAAAUUCUGUCCCUAUCGCACAUCCUGUUAGUAAAUGCGUGAGAGCAUAAUUUCUUGCGUUUACGCUUUCGAUUCGUUUUUUUAUUGGAAAACAUUAUUAAAAUAGGCAUACAAAAUAGGCUAUUUGACAAGUUUUUGAAAACGUUUAUACGUUAUUUAUUUAUGCAUAGUUACUCCAUAAAAAGUGGAUAUUUAUAAUUAUGUUGCGUCAUGCGUAUAUCAGUAAAAAAAGCGAUGUUUUCAAAUGUGUCGCGGAAACGUUUCUCUAGCAAAUAUGGAGUGAUAAAGUGCAGGUGACGUCAUAUGGCUCUCAUUGAAACGACAAACAGGACAAAGUAAUGUCACUUCGCCAGCAUAUUUACAAGCAGGUGACGUCAUUUAAGGCACCGCCUAUCCAGGGCGUUUUCGGUCACGUGACAAUAUAUCAGGAAAUACUUUUCAAUAUCAUGCUUAUAGUAUUAUUAUCAACUACUUUUUUUUAUGUCAGAAAAGAAAAAUCGCUCCCAAUAUUCAUGUUAAAUACACAUAUUUGUUUCUUAGGUUUUCACGCACAUCACUGAUUAAAUAAAACUAGUUUUUACGGGUUAAUGCACGAAGCCUGUAAAGGCUACGAAACGUCAAUAAAUAA